AUGUUGGCUAAAAAAAUGACGGUUUUUUAUAAAUUAUCUCGUGAACAACUAUCAAAACAACCUCAUUAUGCUUUUGGUCUUCGUGCAUUAAAAUCAGUUUUAGUUAUGGCCGAUGAAUUGAAACGUAGUUCAGCUGAACUUCCAGAGGACUUGGUGUUAAUGCGUGCUCUACGUGAUAUUAAUAUGCCAAACUUUGUGUAUGAAGAUGUUCCAUUAUUUCAAGGAUUAAUUGCUGAUCUAUUUCCUGGAUUGAAAUGUGAACGAGUGACAUAUUCACAAUUUGAUAAAGCUGUUCGAGAUACAAUUACUUCAAUGCAUAAUGUUAUCGAUGAAGUUCAGAUUGAUAAAGUAGUGCAAUUAUACGAAACAACGAUGACAAGACAUUCGACCAUGGUAGUCGGUCCUACAGGUGGUGGAAAUCGACUGAUGAAUUUACCAACAAAAUUAUAUACAUUAAAUCCCAGAGAUUGUAGUGUUAUUGAAUUAUAUGGCUUUUUGGAUACGACAACUCAACGUCGUUAUAUCUUGUACGAUGGUGAUGUUGAUGCAUUAUGGAUUGAAAAUAUGAACAGUGUAAUGGAUGAUAAUAAACUGUUGACAUUGGCUAAUGGUAAACGAAUUCGUUUACAAAAUCAUUGUGCUAUGUUAUUCGAAGUUGGUGAUUUACAAUUUGCAUCAUCUGCAACUAAACCAUAUUGGGUAAAAUGGUCAACAAUGAGAGAGAAAAAAGAAGAACGUGCUUGUUUAAAUCGUUUAUAUGAAAAAUAUGUUCCACCUUUAAUAUCAUUGAUACUUGAAGGAACUAUUGACGGUAAACAAGGUGAAAAAUUGAAACAAAUUAUACCAUUGACAAAUUUGAAUAUGAAUAGUCAACUGUGUUAUAUGUUAGAAAGUUUAUUAUUACCUUAUGAAAAUACCACUGAUUCACUGAUAGAUCCGAUUUAUGAAUGCUAUUUUAUUCAAGCAUUGUACUGGUCACUAGGUGUUAGCUUAACUGAACUGGCACGAGAAAUAUUCGAUAAACAAGUCAAAUAUCUAUCAUCAAUGAAUUCAACUGAUGAAGGGCCAACUGGUCAAGCUAAAUCUGUAGAUACAAUUCGAAGUGAUUGGUUACUACAAUUGUGUUAUAAAAUAAAACGACCCGUAUUGUUUAUGGGUGAAUCAGGAGCAUCGAAAACAGCAACAAUUAAUGCAUUUUUAAGAAAAUUAAAUCCAGAUCAAAAUCUCGUAUUAAAUAUUAAUUUUUCAUCACGAACAUCAUCAAUGGAUGUUCAAAGAAAUUUUGAAUCUAAUGUAGAAAAACGUGCUAAAGAUACAUAUGGUCCUCCUCCAGGAAAAAAAUUGAUUGUCGAUAUCUGCGGUACUCAACAACCAAUAGCAUUGCUGAAAUUAUUAUUGGAAAAAGGUGGCAUUUCAAUAGUCAAAGAUCUUCCACCAACUCCUAGCAAAUUUCAUUAUAUAUUCAAUUUACGUGAUUUAAGUCGAAUUUAUAAUGGUCUUGUAUCAACAACACCGAAACGUUUUCAAACAGCUGCACAAUUGACAAGAAUGUGGAGAAAUGAAUGUUUACGAGUAUUAUACGAUAGACUAAUCGAUUCACAAGAUAGAAAAAUGGUUGAUGAUAAACUUAGUCGACUGAUAAAUGAUCAACCAUUAUCGAAACCACAUGUAGAAUGCAUAUUUCAUCAACCAAGUUUAUUCGGUGAUUAUCGAACAGCAUUGGAUGUCGGUGAAGCUCGAAUAUACGAGGAUAUUCAAGAUUAUGAUGCAGCAAAAGCACUCUUCGAAAUAUUACAAGAGUAUAAUGAACAAUAUACUCGAAUGAAUUUAGUUUUAUUCGAUGAUGCAUAA